UUGGCCAAUCCAUCUGUUGAUGUUGUAUUUUUUAUUCUUGAAAACCUUAGCAAAGAAGUAAUUUAAUAAGCCUUAUCACACUAAAACUAAGAACCUUAUGCAUUAUAUCUUCAAGUAAAUCUUUACUGAGCAGGAUAUUAGAUGGCGUUUCCUCAGCCUAACGCACAAAGAGAAUUAACGAAUAGGAAGAUAUUGGAGGAGCUUCAGCUGAAGAAACAGAUGCUCUUGAAGCAGGGUGCUGUGGCUCCACUGACUGCUACCUCCAUAUCUCUGACUCAGCCUAAUCCAGUCAGUCAGCUGCCUAUGUGCUCAAUCCCUCCAGUCUCUGCUACAGCAGGAUUCCCUCAACUGCCUGAAGCUAACAUAGUGAAUACAAGUCACAGAGCAGCGUUACAACACGCAAACGCCACAUCUUGUGGCUACUUUGUGUCUCAGGACUCUUCAUUCGGAAACCAGAUCUUACCAGUUCUACCCAGAUUUGAUAGCAAGUGAGCAGCCAUGUCUGCUGUUAUGAAGCUGAAGACCCUUCAUGGCCAUUUGGAGAGCUUGAGUGGGUUUGCAGAACCUAAAAUAAAGUAUGAACAAUAUGAGACUCCAGCCCAACUUGCAGCUACUGCACUUUAUACUAUU